AUGGCAGGUUACGGUGCGCUGGCCAAAAUGAUGGCUAGCCAUCGAAAUCAAGAGGUAUUCAGAAAAUUCUCGACAUUGAAUAUCGAGAUCAUGCUGCAUAUGCAGGCGGAGUUGUUGCAUCUCGAGUUGGUCAUUGAUGAGGCCAGAAAGAGUGACAAGAUAGGCCAUUUCGACAGAGGCUGGCUCAAUUGUGCGAAAGACAUGUCUCAGGAGGACAUUCAAGAGAUCUUUGAAAGGUCUAGAAGCUUGAUGAAACAAUAUCAGGAGACUGCACUGCGAACCACCCGGAUCAACGCCCUUCAGAGUCCAAGGCAUGAUGAUAUGGAGCUACGCAGGUGUUGGUAUGACCACAAAGCCGGCGGGGACGACUUUCUGCGCGGCCUGGAGGCAGGAAUCUUCCGGGAGCCAGAAAUGGAGUUGGAUGUAAUGUUACUGAGUGAAAGCCCUGGCGGCAAGGAUCCUCUGGCGAAUUUCCUAGGUGAAAAGGUAGUACCCCUAUACCACCGGAUGCUAGGGCAGAAGAUUCAUCGGUCGAUGCCGGAAGAAUUCGGCCACACGUGGGAUUAUGCACCGGACAUGCUGGUGCGAAUUGGAAAUACUGUUUGCAUGUUACUAUCAGCAGUGCUGCCAGCGCUGUCGAUCCUGGUGCUAGUCUGCGUACAAAGCAUGGCAGCUCGGUUGACGGCAAUCUGCUUGAUGAGUCUGGUUUUCUCGGUCAUCAUGAGUGUUGUUGCUCAGCGGCGAGCCGAUGUCUUCAUGUCAACAACUGCCUUUGCAGCGGUUUUAGUAGUGUUCGUGGGUAGUUCAAAUGUGAUGGACAGCUAG